AGUCUGAACCGUGGCGGGAAGAGACAGGAUUCCGGGCUAGAAAGGGUGCGGAAGCCAGCAGAAGAAAGCAGCUGAGUUCUGGUCGGGGGUGAAGGGAGGGAACGCACUUAAAGGGGCCAAGGCCCAGGAUAAGGUAGACAUUUAAAGGGAGAGGUGCCCCAAAGAGAAGAGGCAUUUAAAGGUGCAGAUGCCCAAGAUAGAGCAGACCCUAGAGGAGCCGAGCUCAACGGACAGAAGACAUUUAAAGUGGUAGGUUCGGGAGAGAAGGACAUUUUUAAGGAGACUAGGACCGAGCAUAGAAAACAUUAAAAGAGGUAUGGGCUAGGGUUUGAGAACACGUUUCUUAAAGGGACAUGGAUAAUGGAGUCGAUUGUCAAGGGCGUGAUGAGGAAGACUGCACUCCUGCUCUCCCCCAUUGUCCUUUCUGGCUCCUCCAGGUUCCCUCGACCCCGGAACCCCAGUUCCCAGGCUAUGACCCCCAGUGCCUUGUAGACCUGGCGGGCCCCGCGUGCUUGCGCCCCCUAUUUGGGGGUCUGGGUGGCUACUGGAGGGCCUUGCAGAGGGGCAGAGAAGGCAGGACCAUGGCAUCUAGGGCCUCUGAACCUCCCCCAGGGCGCAGCGUGACGGCGGGCAUCAUCAUUGUUGGAGAUGAGAUCCUCAAGGGACACACUCAGGACACCAAUACCUACUUUCUGUGCCGGACACUGCGCUCCCUGGGGGUCCAGGUGUGCCGAGUCUCUGUCGUACCCGAUGAGGUAGCCACCAUCGCGGCUGAGGUCACGUCUUUCUCCAGCCGCUUCACCCACGUCCUUACGGCAGGGGGCAUUGGCCCCACCCAUGAUGAUGUGACCUUCGAGGCAGUAGCACAGGCCUUUGGGGAAGAACUCAAGCCACACCCUGAGCUGGAAGGGGCCAUCAAAGCCCUAGGUGGGGAGGGCUGGGAGAAGCUGUCGCGGGUGCCCUCCUCUGCCCGCCUACAUUAUGGCACAGAUCCUCUCACUGGCCGUCCGUUCAGAUUCCCACUAGUCUCCGUCCGAAACGUCUACCUCUUCCCGGGAAUUCCGGAGCUGCUGCGGCGGGUGCUGGAGGGGCUAAAGGGACUGUUCCAAAACACAGCUGUUCAGUUCCACUUGCGGGAGCUGUAUGUGGCAGCUAACGAGGCCUCUAUCGCCCCCAUCCUGGCUGAGGCCCAGGCCCACUUUGGGCGCAGGCUUGGCCUGGGUUCUUACCCUGACUGGGGCAGCAACUACUAUCAGGUGAAGCUGACACUGGACUCGGAGGAAGAAGGGCCCCUGGAGGAAUGCCUGGCCUACCUGACUGCCCGUCUGCCCCAGGGAUCGCUGGUACCCUACGUACCCAACGCCGUGGAGCAGGCCAGUGAGGCCGUGUACAAACUCACUGAGUCAGGGUCUUCUCUGAGAGAAAAGGUGGCAGGCGCCCUACAGACCAUUGAGACUGCCCUGGCUCAGUACAGCCUCACCCAGCUCUGCGUGGGAUUCAACGGGGGCAAGGACUGCACCGCCCUCCUGCACCUCUUCCAUGCCGCUGUGCAGAAGAAAUACCCUGAUGCUCAAGAGCCCCUCCAGAUCCUGUAUAUCCGCAGCAUCUCCCCUUUCCCUGAGCUGGAGCAGUUUCUACAGGACACCAUCAAGAGGUACAGUCUGCAGGUGCUGGAGGCUGAAGGUGACAUGAAGCAGGCCUUGAGCGAGCUGCGGGCACAGCAUCCCCAGCUGGAGGCCGUGCUGAUGGGCACCCGCCGCACUGACCCCUACUCCUGCAGCCUCUGCCCCUUCAGUCCCACUGACCCAGGGUGGCCUUCAUUCAUGCGCAUCAACCCGCUACUGGACUGGACCUACAGAGACAUCUGGGACUUUCUGCGUCAACUGUUUGUCCCAUACUGUAUCCUGUAUGACCAAGGCUAUACGUCACUGGGGAGCCGGGAGAACACGGUGCGGAACCCGGCCCUGAAGUGCCCGAACCCAGGAGGACAGCCCACCUACCGUCCAGCCUACCUGCUUGAGAAUGAAGACGAGGAGCGGAACUCCCGUACGUGACCUUCCACUCCUGCCCUGUCCAGGAGGAAGGGAAGGGGGCCAUCCUGGGGUCUUACCUGUCAAUAAACCACCUCUCCU